GUUUUGUGUUUGGCCAACGCCGGCGCCGCCAAUGCGAUGGAAAGUCAACCCCCCUGAGCUGCCACAAGGAACGAAACAAGGAAAAUGAUCGCAGAGAGAGAUUACCACCGACUCUCCCUCAUGCUGCGGUUGUUCUUCUGAGCUGACCAGUCUCAGCUGAGCUGUUCUCUCUAUCAACGAAAAGGCCAAACAAGUACCCGGAGACAAACGAUCCUCUGCGCUCGUAUCUGUCAUCAGGCCUUGCAUCGCUGCCACCCCUCUCCCUCGCCAUCGUGCAGCGUUUGACUGUCGGAGAUGGCGUCGAUGCUGUUCGGGGGGACGACGCAGAAGUGCCAGGCGUGCCGGAAGACGGUGUACUUGGUGGACCAGCUCGCCGCCGAUGGCAGGAUCUACCACCGAGCAUGCUUCCGCUGCCACCACUGCAGGGGAACCCUCAAGUUCAGCAAUUAUAGCUCUAUUGAGGGAGUUCUUUACUGCAAGCCUCACUAUGAUCAACUCUUUAAGAUGACUGGCAGUCUGGAUAAAAGUUUUGAAGGAGCUCCAAAAUCUGCUAAGAUAGACAGAUCUAGUGGUCAACAGGGUGUUGCUAACAGCAGAUACGCGAGUAUAUUUCUCGGCACACGAGACAAAUGUGUGGAGUGCAAGAAAACGGUGUACCCAAUUGAGAAGGUGGCUGUUGAUGGAAACUCUUACCACAGGCCCUGCUUUAGGUGCACCCAUGGAGGUUGCACCAUCAGCCCAUCCAACUUUGUCACACAUGAGGGCAGACUCUACUGCAAGCACCACCAUGCUCAGCUAUUCAUGACCAAGGGCAACUUCAGCAGCUUCACAAAGGUUGAAGAAGACAAGCAUGAAGACAUAUUACUGCAAGUGCCUUCUGAUCAUGUUGCGGUUGAAGGUGGUCAAGUUUCAUGAUCUCUCCAGUGUUCAUUCAUCAAGCUCAUGUGCUUCAUCUUCCCUUGGCACACACAUGAAGGUCUGCAACAAGUUUAUAGUAGCAGAGAGUGAAAUUGCAUCGUUAUUUGGAUUCUUAAUUUUUGGAAGAACAUUAAGAAUGGGGAUUGCAUAAAUCAAGGGAUGUUGUAUGUUCAGAUCUACUUAAAGGUGUGAUAUUGGGCAUAUCAACUAUUAAUCUAUCUUGCCUUAAUACUUUCUUAAACCCAAAAAUAAGAGUGGUUUUGAUGUUGGUCAUCUGUGUUGUUGUCAUGUAAUUGACUUGUUGAGUCUACUAGUGAUGCAAACUGCUUCACUUAAUUGUAGUUACCCAUCAAGCCUCUAUGAGCCUA